CACCACCUCACCCACAGCCUCAUUGUUCCAGACCAUCUCUUUCCGGCACAACAACACCAAACAGAACACAAGUACACUACAACAACAGAACCAGCUUCACGCCCUACUACUCAUCUGAUAAUGCCAUCUUGAUAGGCAAAAAACAACCCCACCACACUGCGCACAACCCACCACCGCCAACAUGGAGUCCGCGCCCUUAUCCCAGGCCUACGACCACGCCCAAGCCGCCUCCAUCGCAACCCACGCCUCCAACCACCCCGCCGCAAUAACCGCCCACACCGCCGCCGCCACCUCCUUCGCCGCCGCCGCCACCACCACCACCAGCCCCGAAGCCCUGCGCACCCUCGCCCUCCUCGCAACCCACCACAGCACCCUCUCCUCCCUCCUCACAGCCCCAAACCCGCCCCCAACACUCACCGACGCCGAUCUCUCCACCGGCUCUGACUCCCCCAUCACCACCUCCGCCGCCGUCGCCGAGUUGCGCGCCAAAUCCUCCUCCUCCUCCUCCGAUGCCCCACAAACAACCGACGGACAACAACCCACCUCAUCAUCACGACGCACACCACCCACAAACUCCCUCCAACCCCCCCGCCGCAUGCCCCCCCGCGAACUCUCCUCCUCAAUAGCAAGCAACCUCGCCUCCGCGCGGGGCAUCCGCACCGCUCACCCCCUCUCCCCAGGCCUAACAACCACCAACGCCCCCGGGGCCAUCUCCGCGCGUCGGCGCACGCAGGACACCACACCCAGUUCCGGUCCCAGCUGGCUACCCCCAGUAAGCCAUGACCAAAUCGCACGCACCGACGCCGUCCCCUCACGAGCCGCGAUGUCCACCCCCGCGGACGUCACACUCCCCGCAUCAGACACAGAUGAGGGAUUCACCCGUUUCUACUCCACCUUCGAAGGCCUUCUCUCCAAACUUUCCGCCCCACUCGCUUUCGCCGGCCUCCCUCUCAUAGCCGAAGAGCCCGCCGAUCAACCCUCCAAACCACCCUCCCGCCCCUCCACCUCCGCAUCAGCCAACCCGGAUUUGUCAAAAUACAUAUCCCGCGCCGCCCUGCGCGCCUCGGCCUCAAACCCAGGUGCAGCAGCGGAUUCUUUCUACGUCGUUCCUACUACUGGUGGUACAGCGAGUUACGCAUCAAUCCUCUCCUUUGCUGAGAAAGAGAAGCGACGGCUUGCGGACCAACGCCCCGCUUCUUCGUUCGAGGAUGAUGAUUUUGUUGAUGCGCGCGAACAUCCAUCGCCGCCUUCUCCUACGAAAUCCAGGUCUUUCGCUGCUGCGGUGUCGACCUCGCGAUCUGGUGGGGGAAAAUCAGCGAAGGAAGUUGAUCGCGAGAGAGAGGAGUUAGGAAUCGAGAAUAAGAGUCUUAAAGCCUGCAUCGACAUGCUCUCCAAACGCCUCCACGCCUUCGAAGCCGCGGCACAGAGCUCGACGAUCGCGUUGCAUGAGAGUAUGCGUUUCCUCAAACCGGCGGGGGCGGCGACGCCUGUGGGCCCGCUUGUUUCCGAGCAGACCCGUAAGCUGAAGGAGAAGGGGAAUGAGAUGACGGAGAAUGAUAAGAGGAUUCUUACGGCGCGCGCGGAGGGGUUGGAGGCUAGGCUCGUGGCGGUGGAAGCGCAGUUGGCGGAUGAGAAGAGGGCGAGGAGGGUGGUGGAGGCGGAGAAUGAGAAGUUGAGGGGGGUGGUGGGACGGUAUAGGGAGAGGUGGGAACGGUUGAAGGAGGGGGCUAAGAGUAGGAGGGAUGGUGGGGGUGGGGGGAAGGAUGGGAAAGAUGGGAAAGAUGGUGGUGGGGGGAAGGAGGGGAAGGAGGGGGGAAAUGGUGGAGAGGGGAAACAGCCUGUGGAUGGGGGGAGGUUUGUGGCUGGCUAG